AUGGACUCUGCCCGAUCUGAGCAUCCAGAAUCGAUCCGAGCGAGGGAAAGUGGGAUAGAAAUGUCCCGUAAACACCCCAUCGCGGCGCGGGUCCUGCGCCGUUGGAGGGAACUCACAGGAGGGACCCAAGCUCGCGAUGACCAACGGCGCACGCUUGUCGCGUGUUCUGGAGGAGCGGAUUCGACGGCUCUGAGUGCGAUCCUGUCGCUCGUGACCCCGAAGCCUGUCCUCAUGCACAUCGUGCAUGACCUGCGUGAACGAUCACUCGCAGAUGCUGAUCGGGAAUCGUGCGAGCAACUCGCGGCUCGAUUGGGUUGCGAGUUCCAUGCACACCCCAUUCAAGUCGCGGAGCAAGCCGGGAAUACGGAGUCGAACGCGCGUGACGUACGUUACAAGGCGUUGCUCAAGACAGCAUCCGAUCUUGGGAUUGACUAUCUCGCGACUGGUCACCACGCCGACGAUCAACUCGAAACAAUGAUGAUGAAUCUCUCGCGAGGGUGUGGCGUGCGAGGUCUCUCAGGGGUCCACGAUGCACGCAUUCAGGAUGGAGUCCGAAUCAUCCGUCCGAUGCUCGUGAUUACGCAUGAUGAAGCGAUUGAGUACUGCGAGCAGCACGAUCUCGCGUAUGUCCAUGAUCACACCAACGACGACCAAAGCAUGACACGAAACGCGAUUCGUCAUCAACUGCUCCCGGCGAUGCGAGCGAUUGAUCCAGAGAUUGCUCUGCGUGCCUCCAGUACGGCUGAUGCGUGCCGAUCAACGCAGAGGGGGCUCCGAGCGUUGGUCCAAUCACAUGUUUGGUCAAAGGGGCAGCAAUCGGAAUACUCAAUCCACUUCGAGCGUUCCUCGCUGAGCAUCCACGAGGAUGCGGUGAUCAUCGAAGUGAUCUACCUGUGCAUCGAAUACCUAAACGAAUCCAAGGGACACGAUCGACUCAAUCAGCAAUCUCUCCACGACGCGUGUCAAGCGAUCAAAGAUGAUUCAACAGAGAAGCGAAUGUGCCGAGUGGGACCUAUCGUCAUCGAGGUCCACGCUUCGAAGGUCUGGAUAAAGGAGUUCCCAAUGACUGAAUCUGCGCCAACCGUCACCCUCGUGGGACACUGCCGACCUGAUAUGUUCGCGCUCACCUCCGCGAUCCGAGGAUUCAUCCCCUCCGCGAAUGUGGUCGGGAUUAACGAUGAGUCUCAGAUCAAUGAGCCCACGGAUCUCUAUGUCGUCAACCGUAUCCUCGACGGCUCGUUCGCCAACGAAUCAGGGAUCGAGCUGAUCCGGAAUCUGGGUGAGGGCGCCGCUCCCGCGAUGCUCAUCACCAACAUCGAAGAACACGCACAGACAGCGCUCCAGGUGGGCGCUGUUCCGGGGUUUGGCAAAGCAAACAUGCGGAGCCCCGAAGCACAGGUGCUGUCGGCACUCAAGGGCUCCGUCGGGGUCGUCUUCGCGGGAGACGGCGCGCCUCCAUUGCGUGGUGAGUGGUUCCCAAACUUUGACUUCAAGUACCUCACAGGGAUCAGCAACGAGCCCGGCGCGUGCGUGAUCUUUGAUCCGACCAAUCCCGAUCCAAGACGGAAGAUCAUGCUGCUGCUCAAGCCGGUCAAUCCAGAGAUGGAUGUCUGGGAUGGGUACCGCGAUCUCGUCGACGAGAAGCUCCGCAAGAAGCUUGGCUUUGAGUCGAUCUUCCGCACCAAUUUCCUUCCCAGACUGCUCGGUGAAGCCGCGAAGCGGACCAAGUCGAUGACCUGUCUCCAUCCGCUGAGCACGUACACCCAACCAGUGUCUCCCGAUCUGGACAUCUUCCAGAAGCUCACUAGCCGAAUCCCGGGGAGCUCGAUCCAGGAUCAAUCCGAACUGAUCACGAGUCAUCGCAUGGUCAAGAGCGCCGCGGAGCUCAAGCACAUCCGCAGCGCGAUCAAGGCGACUGCUGAAGGAAUCGAUCGCGUGCUCAGAGCAUCCAAAGCGGGAAUCAACGAGCGUCAGCUCCACAACACGCUCGUUUCGGGAUUCACCGACAUGGGCGCCAAGACCGUCGCGUUCAAUCCGAUCGUCGGCUCAGGGAUCCGCUCCACAAUCCUGCACUACAAAGAGAACGACCAGCUCACCUCCGACGGCGACCUCAUGGUCCUCGACUGCGGCGCUGAGAUCAACGGCUACGCAUCAGACAUCACACGCACCUUCCCAGUCAACGGCAAGUUCACCAAGCGACAGAAACAAGUCUACGAGAUCGUCCUCAAAGCACAGAAAGCGUCCAUCGCAGCCGUGAAGCCGGGAGCGACGAUGGUGCAGGUCGAUCAAGCGGCUCGCAAGGUCAUCACCGACGCAGGAUUCGGAGACUUCUUCCUCCACGGAAUCGGUCACCACCUCGGACUCGAAACCCACGAUCCCGGAAUCCAGAGCGCCAAGCUCAAGCCUGGGAUGGUCGUGACCAUCGAGCCUGGGAUUUACCUGCAAGACGAGAAGAUCGGUAUCCGCAUCGAGGACGACAUUCUCGUCACGAAGGACGGGCGACAGAACCUGUCGAGCGCGAUCCCCAAGAGCGUCGCGGACAUCGAAGCGGCGAUGAAGAAGAAGUAA